AUGUUGAAGAAACAACACAAUACGUCAAAAUCGACGUCAUUAUUCCAAAUCAGAUUAAAGAACCUUGAACACGAUGUGCUUGUGUUGAAAGGAAGCCCUCACGAAGCUGCUUCAGCAUUGUUAUCAGGAAACAUUGCCUUGUCUGUCAAUGAGCCAAUCACAAUCAAAAAAGUCACCCUUAGGCUUUAUGCAACUUUGAAAUUGCGUGCUGAUUUAACGUCGGCAUCAUCGGCUGCUGCUGGAACGAGCCGAAAAUUGUUGAAUUUCUCCAAAAAGGUGUAUGAAUAUGAUUGGGAUUCAAAUGAGUUUAAUCAAUAUUUUGACCAUAUGUAUGAGAAUAACUCUCACUCGACGCCACAAUUGUCCAAAAACGGCUCCUCAACUUCACUCAAAAACUUGAGGUCAAGAAGUGGUUUAAACUUGGCACAAUUGUCACAAUCAAGUCAUAGUUUAUUGUCAAGUCCAAGCAGCAGCUCAACCAAUGUUUCAAGAACCGCCGUUUCUGGUGGUGCUACUAAUCAUGUUUUGGUCCAGGGUAACUAUGAAAUCCCAUUUAGUGCCAUUUUACCUGGAGAUAUGCCAGAAUCGAUUGAAGGUUUGCCAGGUUGCUCAUCCGUUUAUAAACUUGAAGCAACUAUCGACCGAGGCAAAUUCCAUAGUGCAUUGGUUACAAAAAAGCACCUUCGUGUGGUUAGAACGUUAACUACUGAUGCUGUUGAAUUGUCAGAAACUAUUGCUGUUGACAAUACUUGGCCUAAGAAGGUUGAGUAUUCGUUGAGUUGCCCGACUCGUGCUUUGGCUAUUGGAAGUGGAACUCCAAUUAGUAUGAUGCUUGUUCCAUUACUAAAAGGAUUGACAUUAGGAGAAAUCAAGAUUCAAUUGGUCGAGUUUUACUCGUAUGUGGGGAAUGUACCACCCAUGCAUCAAGCAGAAAGAGUAAUUGCUUCCAAAAAAAUACCAAAGCCAGAUCCUGAUGCAUUUAAUAUGGACAAGUGGGAAAUUGAAACAUUUUUACGAAUCCCGGCCAGUUUAUCCAAAUGCUGUCAGGAUGUUGACUUGCAACUGCAUGUAAAAGUUAGACACAAGUUGAAAUUUGGAAUCGGAUUGGUGAAUCCCGACAACCAUGUAUCCGAAUUGAGGGCAUCAUUACCUGUGCAAUUGUUUAUUUCCCCCUUUGUUACUGUUAGUUCCAAACAUGAGAUUGAUUCAGCAACACCAAAUGAAAACAAUGAGGAGGAUAUCUUAUUCACGAGCGACUCGUAUGACCAACUCAGCGGACUCAAUAAUAGAGCUAAUAACAAUAAUAGUGCUGCAAAUUCAGCUAGCAAUUCUCAUACAUCACUUACUGGAUUGGUUGCACCACCAAUGUACGAUCAACACAUUUAUGAUCGGUUGUGGUCAGACGUUUCUCCAAUUGAAACCCCAUUAACAUCUGGAGCCUCGACUCCAAGGAGUAGAGGUGGUGGCUAUCUUGGUGGCGACGUGGGUCAGUUUGCCAUGUCUCCAUUGGAUUCAAAUGCAUUGAGUGAAAACCUUAGACAAUUGAGCUUACAGAGACAAGCUCAAGAGGCGGAAGCAAACUCACAGAGCUCUCGCAACGGUCGAGCAACAUUUAAUUUUGACGAAGAAGAUUCACAUUCAACUCCACCAUCCCUACCAAGCAAUGAUUACUUUAGUCGAGUUCCUGGAGUAAUUCCAAGAAACCGUAGCUUUUUGCAAGACCAUGUAAUGACACCUCCUGUACACUUGUCAAGGGUCAAUUCUGAUGUCAAUAUGCUUAGCAGCAGUGACUUGUCACGAGUCCCUUCCUAUAGCCAAGCGAUGAAAAGUGUUGCUUCGGGCGAUGAUGACGUUGCUCCAGCAUAUGAACCACCAUCUCCGGACUCUCACAUCAACUUACAAGAAGUGAAUCGAAACUUGUUACAGAAUAAUCAAUCAUCAUUACUUCGUCCAAGUUUGCCACAACGAGGUCCAAGCGGACGCAAAUCUGGUUCUCGCUCAUCUUCAAACAACACUUCACCGUCGGUUUCUCGUAAUGUGUCAUCCACCAGUUUAUCAAACUUGAUCCCGUCGCGUAAAUCAUCAAGCAAUUUAGCUGCUUCAUCGGGAGGUAAUGGAUCACAUUUGACACCCUUGCGAGCAGCUUCAGCAACCAAUGGUGUUGGAUCGUCAAGUAACUCAUUAUCAACUAGUCCUGUGAAUAUACGAGGUCCAAGUCCAAAUCUGUCGAGUGAUGCAUCGAGUGUGAGUAAAUUGUCACGAAGUGCUUCCGAUAGACACGCUGGUGUUCCAAUGAGAACUUCGUCGAGUUUGAGUUUGCACAAUUUGCACUUUUUGUCAAAGAAGAAAGAUAAGAGGUAA